ACGUUACGCUUACGCCUCUUCUGCAAUCUGCCUGCCCCUCCCUCUCGAAUUUAGGGAGGGAAAAGCAAUCUACCAAAAGGCCAUUGUUUUCCAUAUAAUUUCAAUGUUACCCUUCUCGCUAUCUCCACGCUCACUACCUAUAAAUACAUGAUAAGAGUCCUCACUAAUGAUUCAAGCUUCCUAACGUCUCCUCUCUUUGCAGAAACUCUCUGUCGUCGUCCUUCUCAAUUCCUGUGAGUUUUAGUUUCCAAACAAGUGGUUGAAGAAGUGAGAAGAUGAUGGAAGUAGAUUGCACUGAACAAGAUAUUCGGAAGAUGAUAUUUGAAGAAGCAAUAAGGAAGACAAAGAAGAUCAUGGAGGGACAUCCAGAAACGAAGUUUACUACAGAAGAAUAUCAGAGGUUCCAUCAAUGUGCCUAUGAAUUGAGUGCUUUUUCUGGAUCUCAAGACAAUUCAAUGUGGAUUUAUGAAAGAUUUAAAAAUACCCUGGAAGAAAGUGUCAUUUCAAUAGUAUUGCCAUCUUUAAGGGAUAAAUGUGAUGCGCCAUUGUUGAGGGAACUUAUCCUUAUGUGGUCAAAUUACAGGUUGAUGGCAAGGUGGCUUUGCAGAUUUUUUGAGUAUCUUGACCGUUACUUUAUCCCUGAAUAUAUGACACUUGGUUCACUUAAUGAAAUCUCCAUUAAUUGCUUCCGAGAUUUGGUUUUCAGGGAGUUAUAUUCUAAGUUUCGGGCGGCUGCAAUAUCAUUGAUCAAUCAGGAGCGCAUGGGAUUGUACAUUGAUCGAGAUGCACUGAAGAAUGCUCUACUUUUCUUCAUGGAAAUCAAUGAAUAUAAAGGAGUAAGCUAUUAUGAAGAUUUUGAGAGGACGAUGCUUGAAGAAACUGCUACUUACUACUCUCAGUUGACUCAGCAGAUGCUUCUGAGUGAUUCAUCUGAAGAUUACAUUCAAAAGGCUUGCUGGUGCUUGAAUCAAGAGAAAGGAAGAGCUAGUUACUACUUGCCAGACAGCACACAAUUCAAGUUAAUAGAGGUUGUCAGAUGGCAAUUGCUAAAUCAAACAGUGGACAGACUGAUCGAAAAGCAGAAGAUUUUGAACAGUGGUAUGGUAACUGAUUUUCAGGAAAUGUUGUCAAAAUAUGCUGGCAUGACCCUUAAAGAGGAAAGCUCUGCAACAAGACAAUGAGAAUGUUUGUUUUCACUGCUGGCAAAUUCAAUGCGGAUAAGCUAAAACUGGUAUAUAGUUGGAUGGAAGACUUUCAACAAGUUGUCUUUUUUUGGCCCUGUUAUAGUUACUAGAAAAUGACUCAGAUUCCUGUCAUUAGAGGAGAAAGAAAGGUUUUGAUGCUUUCACAAUGUAGCUGUUAGGGCAUAGGGAAUAACAUUUUUUUCCUUUUUAGAAUUGCAUUUAUUUUGACUACUAGGUUUAUGCA